UCGUUCUUACAAACUUGCACUGCAUGCGUUUGAAGACAUUGUAGCACAUUCUAGCUACGCUUACUUUUACUUCCCCAGCUUGAGAUGUCAUCAAAAUCGAUGUUUAUAUUUGUGGUGUUCAUUCUCGUUUUGGGCAGCGUGUUGCUCAUGGGUGAAGCUUUCGAUUGUAAUGGAAGGUAUGGGUGCUUUUACGCCAAGGCAGUUGUUUCCUCGGAGAGAGAGAACAGAAAGCUGCUUGCUGGUUUGAAGCAGAAGAAAGAGACUGUGAAGGUGAAGGGUGGCCUGCAAGCAUCAGCCACCGGUAGUAAUGGCGGUAGCUUUCAGGGUUGGGAGUUAAGGAGGGUUCCCUCUGGUCCAGACCCGUUGCACCAUAACGGGGGUAACCCAACAAAACCUAGAACUCCUUAAAGCACUGAAACGGAAAGCUCAUUUCAAGUGGUAGAUCAUGAUCUGAGCCGCGCCUUGAAUGGAGCUAGAUUAACUUUUGCUUGGCUAGCUAGUUUGCUUUUUUGACUUGGAAAUAGGUUUUUCUUGUUUAGUUUUCAUGCAAGAAUGUUAAGAUUUCCCUUUUUCUUUUCUGUUUCGGGUCUU